CUAUAUUCUUUCGUGAUUUAGUUUUGUGUUCGAGGACACAGGAAAAGCUGCUUGUAGUGAAAGGCAAUUCUGUGAAGUAAUUUUAUUUGGGAGAUUCUAUCCAACUCCUACAGUACAGAAAUUUUGCUUCGAUAUUUUUGCAAGUGGGAAAAGCUGUGGUGUUGACGUCUAUGUAUCGAGUUUUAACUCUCAAUCCAUGUUCACUGGUGCUUGACAAUCGGCCCAGCUAUUAAACUCGACGAAAUCGGAAGCCAUUUUCCCGCAAGUCAUUCUGACAGAUAAAUUCUCCUUUUCUCAGUCUUCACAGUAGCGGACUGAAGAAGAAAUAACUACUAAAAACUACCCCUCAAUUUUCCGCAUGAAACCUCAUUUAAUGUAACAGGAAAUUGAUAUACCAAGGCCAAGAAAAAAGUACUUGAAAUUUUGGAUUGAAAUAAUUUGAUUUAUUGCAUCCUAUUUUCAAAUGACAUAUUACUACCAAGGUUACGCAAAAAUGUCGUGAAAUUAUAUAGCUCCAGUCACCCAUUACGGCACUGAAGGAAUACUGAACAAGAAAAAGAAAUCCCAGAGGCAGAGAAUUUAGCUUUAGCAACCCAGAUUUGCGAAGUGUUACCUCCUUUACAAGAUGAAUGCGAAAAUUGUUGCAUGUAUUUUUGCUCUUUUGGAAACUCUAAUGCUUGCAGGUCAGAUUACAACAUUGGUUAGUACAUACUGGACCUCGUGGGAUUUACGUUUCAACUGGACAGAAGGAGGAGAUUCUGCAAGAGGAUCAUACCGUGAAGGUCUGCUGAUAUCCGAGGGUCAUGCGGGUCUUUGGUCCAGAUGCUUUCGCAUCUACGACAAAGUUCGUGAAAGUGAAUGGCCUCAGUCUUAUGAGUGUCUUAACAAUUAUAACACAUCGAACGGAUCUCUGAAAUUUACAUUUGGUAAAGCUUGCAAAACUGCAACUGCUGCUCUGUGUGUUGGAGAUGCGGCACUUAUCAUUACGAUCUUGAUAAUUAUGUUAGUCGCUGCAUUUAAAUCAAGAAGUUCAGGAAGUUUAGUCAAAGUAUCACUAUCACUGAUUCUUCUUCAAGGUCUUGUGUGCUUUACUAUUCCACUGACAUACCUUUCUGGUAAUAUGGCAGAACUUAUUACCCAACUGACAACAGCUUAUGGACUUCUGCAUAUUGUCCGCAUGACUACUUGGUAUACCCACGACUGGGCAUUUUGGACUCAGGUGGGACUUAUUGGAAUAUGGAUGGCAACAGUUGCCGUUUUUACUCUAUUCUAUGGAAUAAAUUAUUCCCAACGUCGUCCAAAAAGUACAAAAGCCGCUAAUGGGAAAAAUGAAGGAGCAGACAGCACUGAACUUGAAGUGCUUCGGAAGUGAAAGAAAUUUUUUAACAGUUGGAACAUCAAACUGAUAAAUGCGGUAUUUGUAUGAUGAAAGAAAACCGAACACACUCUUAUCCUCGGAGACUCAAACUGCUGUUCUUUUUGACAACACUCUCUUCAAAUUCUUUUGAAAUUUUCCUAUUUUUCAUCUAAAUGUCGAAAUCAAAUAAUUCCCAAGUAAUAAUCUCCAUUUGUUAACAUCUUGUUUGCAAUCUGAGUAUGGAAUGAAAUCAUAUUGAUAAUUUAACUGAUAGAAUAUUAUGUGAAUACUCUGGUAUAUUCUGCAGCAUCAUUUAAUCGAAGUGAUUUUACGUUAUAUAAAGGGAGAUGGUCGGUGACAUAUUCUCUUCGCCUGAACAGUUAAGAUGUUUUGUUCAAAUUUGGGGAAUUAUCUUUUUUUUACUAAUUUAUGAAAUUUGUCUAAGCAAACAAAAGGCAGAAACAAUCAUGCACCAUAUGCCCUUUUUAUGAUAACAAAGCCGUUUGCAGGAAAGUGAUUAAUGCAAUAACGAAAAAAUUUUGUUUUGGCAAAUUCAGUCUCGUUUUGGAUCAACUUUUGCUCCAGUCCAGGGAAAUGCAGACAGAACUAAAACUAUUUGCCUUUACAAUGUUUUCAUGAAGUUCUGUUGAAUUUUGCAAGUGAAGAAUUCUAUUGUCUAAGGUGAAGCUGGAAAAUCAUUGUUCAUAAUAAGGUGUGUGCUUAAAAUAACAACUGGAUAAAUAAGCUGUUUUAUUACACGUCAAAAAUAGUUUGUAAAUUUGUUAAAUAAAAUAGCUGUGAAAUCUUAGA